GAGAGAAUCUAAAAUGCGACUUGGAAUGUAAGAGAUCAUAAGGAGCUGCAUAUUCCUUUUAUCUCAGCGUGCAGAAACCUAUCUUCUCAAAUUCUCCAUGCCAUCUGUUUAUUGAAAUGCAAUCUUUGAACCAAUCAUCACUAGUCGCUUCGAGAUGGACUGCUUCCAUUCCUUUUUGCUCCCUACCACAUUUUGUAUUUGGUGCUCCGCAUGAGAAUCUCGACUCAAAAAAGUUGAUUAUCGAUACGCUUCGCCCAGAUGACCGAUCUUUAUCCUUAGCAGAAUAUCGUGAUCUCUCUGUUCGCAUCGCAGUGGGCUUAAGACGACUAGGGGUCCAACCUAAGGAUCGAAUUUUAUGUCUUUCGGGUAAUGCAAUAGCAUACCCGGCCCUUUUGAUGGGCACAGUGAUGGCGGGCUGUAUCUUUGUGCCUGGGCAGCCUAGUUACGGGCAUUCAGAAUUGGAAAGACUGCUCACACUUGCAAAGCCCUCGUUAAUUUUGACUCAACGAGCGCAUCUAGGUGUCCUGUUGGAAGCCGAAGGUAUAGUUUCUUGCCCAGCCUUAGAGCGGAAAUCCAUCUUUAUCUUUGAUGAUGACAUUCUUGAUAGCACGGGUAUAUCAUUCCUCAAUGUACCUCACUGGCAGGAGAUGGUCGGCUCUCUAGACGAUAGUGAUUGGAAGUAUCCCAACGUCAGAUCCUCGCUUGAUUACAACAGUACCAUUGUCAUAAUGUUCACAUCAGGUACAACCGGGCAUCCCAAGGGAGUCGAGAUUUCCCAUCACAACUAUAUCUCAGCCGCCUUGAGUUAUAUGCAGCGAGUGUCUCUUCACCCUGACUGGCAGCAGAGCAUGAAAGGUACAGGCAAGGAUGUCAAUCCGAUUCGUGUUUUAGGCGCGCUCGGAAUGCACCACAUCCUUGGUCAAAGAUCUUAUAGUGUUAUCUUUCCAAAGCUUGGAGUCCCGCUAUAUCUCUUGUGCCGGCCAAGCGUGCAGGAUAUCUUGAACGCUGUGGAAACUUACAAGAUCUCUGACGCAAUCAUCAGGAGUUCCAUGCUUACUGAAAUCGUGAAACUCUUUACUUGUAAUCUUGGAGAAAAACUACGUUCUUUGAGGAGAGUGGAGGCAUCUGCAGCUCCAAUGGGACAGUUAACCAAAACAAUACUGGAGCAAAUAGGCGUCGGGAGAGUUACCCGAGUCUGGGGAUUGACUGAACUUGGAUUGAUCACCGGUCAUGAUAUGAUGGCUUGUUCGCCGUCUGAAUCCGUUGGGGAACUCCACGCCAACUUUGAGGGAAAGGUAACGGAUACCAGUGAGCCUAAUCGAAUUGUGUGCCGUAAUACUAUUGGUGAUAUCUGGAUCCGUGCGCCUAGCCUUAGCAAAGGGUACUAUCAAAAUCCAGAGGCUACCAGUGAAGCUUUUGGAGCCGAUGGGUGGUUCUCUACCGGAGAUGUAGGAUAUGUCGAUAACCAUGGAAUGUGGUAUAUUGUGGAUCGUAAAAAGGACUUGAUUAAAGUGAACGGAAAUCAUGUAGCACCAACUGAACUUGAAGCUGUGCUACUUCGUCAUCCAAAAAUCAUGGAUGCUGGAAUCGUCGGCGUUGCUGUAUACCAAGAUGAAGGACCACGCGCAUAUAUUGUAACCGCCCCUGAAUCAGCACUGUCCGCCGCUGAAGUUAAUAAUUUCAUGGUCGAUAAGAUUGCCCCAUAUAAGUAUCUCUCUGGAGGCAUCUCGUUCAUUCCAAGUAUCCCGCGGAAUUUGAGCGGAAAAAUCAUACGUGAACAGCUGCGAGAAAUGGCGAAGAUGGAACUCGGUUACUCCAAAGGACACUACCAUGGUAUACGUGCAGUGCCCGCUGAGUUGGCUUCUCUUUAAUCUCCUGCACAGAUGUUUUAAAGGGAGAGAAGAGCCAUAGAUUUUGUCGGCCUGUAGGCUCCACAGUGUAGUGGUAUUGUAUUUUUGAAAGUAUUUUUGAAAGAAAAAUAUGUAGAACGGAGUCGUGAUUCGCUAUCACACAGUAUCAAACCACCAGAAACUUUUCAUCCGACACGUAUCAUCCAUUUUGACCGUCUUCUGUCUGAAGUAUCGGGAGAAGAUAGAAGAUCCUUAUCAACCUGCAGGCACUCGACCCGUGCUUACCUUCCCAAUCAGUAUUCAUAAUAAUAUAUAUAAACUAAUCUUAAAAUACUGCAGAUGAAAGCACUCCAUGUGUCAAAAGCGAAAAGCGGUGUCAUUAAAACUUAUCAAAUGAUAGUUCGGGUCCAGAAAGGAACGAAAACCAGCUUUGACUAUACCCCGCAUUUAUCAGAUUCUAUCUCAACUAUAAAAAUUCCGGCAGAUACUAGAUCAGAUAGAAUAAUAAAGUUCGAUGUAUCAAUACCUCCUACA